AUGGACGAAGCAACCGCUAUGGAGGAAGCCGUCGCUUCGUCUUCACCCUGCGAACCCCCUCCUCUUCCCUACUCACUACAUACCCGCAAGAAGUCUAUCGCCUUCUUCUGGACUCUCUUUGUGAUCGACACGCUCGGACAGCCUAUUGGGCUGUACUUUGGCCUAUGGUAUGGCACGGAUCUAUCACCAAACCUGGUAUUCUCUAUUGUGACAGCCUGUCUGGGUGGUAUAUCAGUAUUUGAAUAUGGAUAUCGAUUAUACAACUUGUUCCGCAAAAACUCUAAGGCCCGGCCGUUAAAUUCUCGACGCUCAUGGCUGGAUUUCUUCCACAUCAAUUUUACCCUGGUUUGGAUGAUAUUAGCCGUUGAACUGAUUGUUGGCACGGUACCAAAAAACCCAUAUGUGCGUCUCAUUGCCAUGAUUCUUCCGACUGUCAUGUUCUAUUUCGGCUUUGUUCAUCUCACACUGGAAUUCCUUCGCAUGUUCGGCUUCAAAGCACCAUUCCGAAUCUCAUCUACUCCAAAAGGAUCAGUAAUGCCAACUGCAUUGUACGCGCUUAUCGAAGACGUUGUCGCUGUCGACGGAGGAGGUAACCAGAUCUACCGCUACGCCCUGCGCACCCGAUACCUCUCAAGUCCAUACUUCCGACGAAUGCUCUUCGAGAUGAACAUAUUCUGGAGCGGAGGAGCCAUUGUCGUUGCAGCCGGCAUCACCGCCAUCGUAUUUACUGUCUCUGAGCCAGUCGCGUUCACUCUGGGCUGGUCCCUUCCGUUCGCCUGGGCCGGUAUCUGGACGUUAAUUACCAUUCCUUGGGUGCAAAGUCACCUGCGGUAUGAAAAGAAAGCAUGGGCUGAGAACCGUGGUCAGACUGGUAUUCCAUACACUGACGAUAUCACCGCGCCUACGGCCCGCAACCACUUCGAAGCGAUACACCUACCGUGGACUCAUGGCAAACAGAGCAAGCACAGUACACCGUCAACACCAUCAACACAUGGUACCCACGUGCCUGAUCUAGAAAAGGCCGAGGUCCUUUCAGAAGGGACUCUAGAAGGGAUGGAGGAGAGCGAAUCUCACAAGACUCCGAAUAAUCUCCCAACUGAACCUCCCCAAGUUGCCAUUGCCGACAAAAAAACUAGAACAUGA